CAGUUUGAGAUGUCAUCUUCGACAGACUCAGUAAAACGUAAUCCCGCCGUCCCUUCAGGUAGAAAGGGUUCGGCCAAGGUUAGGUCAGGGUGUAUAACAUGCAAAGCCCGGAAAGUCAAGUGUGACGAAGGCAAGCCUUCGUGUCUGCGAUGUAUAAAAUCUGGUCGCAGCUGCGAUGGCUACCUCGACCCGAACGUCAUGGCGUCCCGCCGCAAGUCCAACAAGAAUAAACCAGCAGAUACCAACACCGGUCCUUCAUCGUCCUUUUCCACGCUCCUCGAUGGCGCAUUGCCCGAGGAGAAGCGUUCUUUCCACUUCUUCCAGCAUGUCACCGCUCCGAGCCUCGCAGGAGAUCUCGAUGCCAACUUUUGGAAGGUCUUGGUCUUGCAAGUUUGCCAGACCGAGCCAGCCGUACGCCAUGCCGUCUUGGCUGUGAGCGGCCUGCACGAGUACCUCGCCUCCAAACGCGGCUGUUCAACCUUGAAGAAUGCAGGGCAUUUCAAAACGACAGAACUCAUGAGUUCUGAGCCACAGCACUCCUUUGCACUUCAUCAGUACAACAAGGCGAUCGCAUGUCUCAUCGGCCAAAUGAAAGAUACCACGUCCAGGCCACUAGCACCCUUACUGACCUGUGUCUUGUUCGUCUGCCUCGAGUUUAUGCACGGUAAAGACAAAGAAUCACUUAUUCACCUGGAGCAAGGACGACAGCUACUCGGCAAGCUUGACCAACGGGCCGACUCGAAAGAUCCUGAAAUCGACAUUGUCAAGCGACAUCUUGUGCCCCUAUAUCUCCGGCUCAGCCUGACCGCAUUCUUGUUUGGCGGCAAGCCUGUGCCAAUACCGCAUAGUUUGAAGUCGCUGAAGGAAGUCCCUGCCACGUUUGAAUCAGUACAGGAAAUACGAUUCUCGCUAUACGAUUUUAUAGAUGAGGUGUUACGCUAUUUACAGAGGGCGAGGAUGGCAAGAUACGACCCGGGCACGGCAUCAGAGACUCUUGCGGAGCUUGGGCGAGAAAAAGAGGAUCUGCUUCAACGUCUGGGCAAGCUCGGUAUGGCUUUCGCGCUGUACCAGGCCAGCAAGCCCUCGCAAGUCAGCGAAGUCAACGCGGCUGUGUUCCAGAUGUACCUACAUACCAUGAAGAUAUGGGUUUCGACGGCGCUGAGUAACACCGAAGCCUGCUUCGAUGCUCACCUUCGAUCGUUUUCCGCAAUAAUACCCCAUGCCGCCACAAUCCUCAACCACUCGAACGAACCGCCCGCCCAGCUCUCUCUCCUAAGCAGAAAUCGAUUGAUGCAGGAACGACUGGGAGAAAGAGGUUUACCGAAGCGCCAGAAAUCCAUGUUCACCUUUGAGACAUAUGUCAUCCCGGUCCUCUACUACGUCGCGACCAAGUGCCGACAUCCGUUGAUACGGCACUCGGCACUGGACCUUUUGAAACAGCACCCAAACAGGCGGGAAAACCUGUGGCACGCCAAAAAGAUGGCUGCCAUCGCUGAGCAUGUCGUCCGGGUCGAGGAGAAGUCGGCUGCAGAGAGCGAGCCGGGGUCCCCCACCGGCCAACACAACCUCGGGAACGAAUCUGAUACCUUCAUGCCGUUCCAUCCGCCUGUGCUGCUAGUGCCUAGAGACGACGGCUCCCAGACGUCCGAGUCGGCCGCCGGCUACGGGGAUAUGAUGUCACCAUCCGACCCCUUUGUCUCAGCUCAGAUGUUACCCGCCGGCCUGGAAUCGUCCUCUCCAGCCAGCGACGACUUCAUGGGCCAGAGCGUGAAAAACAAUCACGCGCCGCAGCAGCAACCCAUCAUCCAUAUGCAAAACAGAGCCAUGAUGGGGCUCGACAGACACGCACUGCCCGUCGAACCGACCAUGAUGCCGGCCCUGAGGCUAGAUGUAGACAGCGGCUUCAGCACAGAGGCGUCUUACAUGUCACAAACAGAAUUCGCCGUCCUUUCAGGCCUUGACGGCAGCAGCCACAGCCGUAACGUCGCUGACCUGAGCGGCACGACCGAGACGCUCAGCUUCCUGGCCCCGGCGCAACAACAACCACUGCAGCACCUGCACAGCGUGCCUCCUUCCCGUACACCUUCCGUCGUCAGCCGCGGGAGCCACAGCCAAGCGGAGGACUGGCCGUACGGCUACGAGCGGUACCGGCCGCAGCAGCACCGGACAGCAUCCACAUCGAGCGGCUCCGACUCGUCCGGCGGCUCGCCGGAGAUGCAGGCCCUGCUUCGUUUCGAGUCCGCAGCGCUGGCGGCAUCGGGCCACUAUGGCGGCUACCGGCAGGGUCUUCUGCAACGGGUGCAGCCGGUGGCGGGGCAGUCUCGGCGGAUCGGCAGCCUCGAGGCGCCAUUUGACAUACCUGAGCACAUGCGUGUUCACGACGUCAUCAUCAACCUGGAGAAGGACGACGGGAGCUGGCUCACUGUCUUUCGGAAGCUUCACGGCCCGGCGGCAGAGUGGGAUGUGGUGACAGAGCUUAUCGUGGCCUGA